UAUCUAACCCUCUUUCCCCAACACCAAAACCAAAAACCCGCCUCAGCACUCCACUCCGCUACUUCUCACAGCUGUGUGCAAAACCCUAGACCUCGAAGCUACUUCCAACUCCAAGCGAUGCCUCCGAAAGCAGCUAAAUCCAAGGAAGCACCAGCCGAGAGGCCCAUCCUUGGCCGGUUCUCUUCUCACCUCAAGAUCGGAAUCGUAGGAUUGCCAAAUGUGGGCAAGUCUACCCUUUUCAACACCCUCACAAAGCUUUCUAUUCCUGCUGAGAACUUCCCCUUUUGUACCAUCGAGCCUAAUGAAGCCCGAGUUAAUGUCCCCGACGAGCGCUUCGAAUGGCUGUGCCAAUUGUACAAACCCAAAAAUGAGGUUGCAGCUUUCUUAGAAAUUCAUGAUAUAGCUGGACUGGUUAGAGGUGCCCACCAAGGGCAAGGGUUGGGCAACAGCUUCUUGUCUCACAUCCGUGCAGUUGAUGGCAUUUUUCAUGUUUUGCGUGCAUUUGAAGAUUCAGACAUCAUCCAUGUUGAUGAUUCUGUGGAUCCUGUGAGAGAUUUAGAGACUAUUAGUGCAGAAUUACGAUUAAAGGAUGUUGAAUUUAUUGAAAAGAAGAUAGAGGAUCUUGAAAAGAGCAUGAAGAGGAGUAAUGACAAGCAGUUAAAAAUAGAGCUUGAGUUGUGUCAAAAGGUCAAGUCAUGGGUUGAAGAUGGAAAGGAUAUUCGUCUAGGGGACUGGAAAGCGGCUGAUAUUGAGAUACUAAAUACUUUUCAAUUGCUUAGUGCCAAGCCCGUUGUUUAUUUGGUUAACAUGACUGAGAAAGAUUACCAAAGAAAAAAGAACAAGUUCUUGCCGAAGAUUCAUGCUUGGGUGCAAGAACAUGGUGGUGACCCAAUCAUUCCUUUUAGUGGUGUGUUUGAGAGAAACCUUGUUGAUAUGGAACCUGAAGAAGCAGCAAAGUAUUGUGAGGAAAACAAGGUACAAAGUGCUCUUCCGAAGAUCAUCAAGACUGGCUUCUCGGCAAUUAAUCUCAUAUACUUUUUCACAGCAGGCACUGAUGAGGUGAAAUGCUGGCAAAUUAGACGGCAGACAAAAGCUCCUCAAGCUGCAGGAGCCAUUCAUACUGAUUUUGAGAGAGGAUUUAUUUGUGCUGAGGUCAUGAAAUUUGAAGAUCUGAAGGAGCUUGGCAGUGAGUCGGCUGUUAAGGCUGCUGGAAAAUAUCGACAGGAGGGGAAAACUUACGUGGUUCUAGACGGAGACAUAAUAUUUUUCAAGUUUAAUGUUUCUGGAGGAGGGAAGAAGUAAGGCAUACGACUUCUCACAACCCAAAGAGAGAGUACUUAAAGUGAGUGUGCUGUUGGUUAUGCAUCUAUUAUUUUGAUUUAUGAGCUUUAUCAUCCCUUAUGGCAUAGGGGUAGGAUGAAACUAUAUUUUCCAAAGUUCAAUACCUUUUAUGAGUUUGUAGAAACUUAUAGCCUUUGCUUUUAUGCAUCAUCACUUAAAUUAGUAUAACUUAUAAAUUUGCAGAAAGCCAAGUCUUUUGAAGGCUUGACAUACAUUGAUUGAUGUUGCAAACUUUGUGCCAUUUUUUGUGUAUUGUA